AUGUAUCGACAGGUGGUAGUACAUCCUGAAGAUGCACAUUUCCAAAGGAUUCUGUGGAGACAAAACGAAGGUGAGCCGGUAAAAGAAUACAAUCUUCAAACAGUAACAUAUGGCACUACUUGCGCUCCAUUCCUAGCCAUAAGGACUUUGAAACAACUAGCCAUAGAUGAACAGGGAAGGCAUCCAGUUGGGGCAGCAAAUCUUUUGAACAAUUUUUAUGUAGACGAUUUUAUGGGAGGGAGUGAUACGAUCGAGGAGGCAUUAGGUGUGAAAACAGAUUUAUGCAACUUAUUAGCAAGGGGAGGAAUCGAUUUAAGAAAGUGGGCAUCUAACUGUUCUGAGUUUUUACAGCAUAUUCCAGAAGAUAGUUUAGAAAUGUCAGCCUUAAGCCUUUCUGAAGAUAUGGCAGUAAAAACUCUUGGUCUGUACUGGAAUCCGUCUGGAGAUUUUUUCUUCUUUAGAGUCACAUUAGAAGAACAGAAAAUAGCUACUAAAAGGGUUGUUCUCUCUGAGAUUUCAAGGAUUUUUGAUCCAUUUGGAUGGGUGAGUCCUUCGAUAAUUAUGGCGAAAGUUUUAAUUCAGGAUUUGUAUAUAGCUGGGGUUUCUUGGGAUGAUCAGCUUCCACCUUCACUGAUGCAGAAAUGGUUAACUAUACGAAAAAAUCUAGGAUGCCUGGAAAACAUUUCUAUUCCUCGAUGGAUACGAACUGAAAAGGAAGGGUGUCGAAUACAAUUUCAUGGCUUCUCGGAUGCGUCAGAGCGUGCGUAUGCGGCAUGCAUCUAUAUAUCUAUUCACUCCAAGGGUAAAUGUUUUGUAUCCUUACUUGCAUCAAAAACCAAGGUUGCACCGGUUAAUCGUAUUAGUAUACCCAAAUUGGAACUUUGCGGGGCCCACCUCUUGGCCAAGCUUAUUGCAUCUGUGAAGAAAGGUAUGGGUUUGGGUGAUGUGGAAUGCUAUGCAUGGACAGAUUCACAAGUGGUUUUGGCAUGGCUUUCUCAACAUCCUUGUAAGUGGACAACUUUUGUGGGAAAUAGGACAUCAGAGAUUUUGGAAUUGGUUCCUAAAAGUCAAUGGAGGCAUGUCUCUUCUAAGCUCAACCCUGCGGAUUGUGCAUCGAGAGGACUUCAACCAAACCUAUUGCCCUCAUUUGACUUGUGGUGGCAAGGACCUGCAUUCUUACGGGACAUGGAAGCUAUUCAGAACAAAUUCAUUUUUAAAAAUACAGAAACUGAUCUUGAGAAAAGGAACAUCACACUUUCUUUAGCAACUACAGAAGCACCGCCUGAGAAUGAAAUUCUUCUUCGUUUUUCUUCACUUACAAGGCUUAAACGGAUAAUGGCUUGGUGUCGAAGAUUUAUUCACAAUGCAAAACUAAAGGGAGAAGAUGAGGGAAAAAGGGAAUUUGGACCACUUUCAACAAAUGAGCUGGAAGCUGAGCUAUGUUUUUGGAUAAGGGAAACCCAAAAUGCAGCAUUUUCAAUGGAAUUGAAUCGACUUAAACUUUCAAAACCGAUACGUAUUGAUAGCAAUCUGAAAUCUUUGGAUCCAUUUAUUGGAAAUGAUGAUUUACUUAGGGUUGGAGGUCGAAUUCAGAAGGGACAGUUUGGGUUUCAACAAAAACAUCCACCAAUUUUGCCUAAGGAAUCUCAUUUAACAACUCUUAUUCUUGCUUUUUAUCAUCAUAAGUACCUACACGGUGGACCCCAUCUCAUGCUAGGAGUUAUAAGGCAAAAUUAUUGGAUCUUGCAUCUAAAGGGAAAAGUUAGCAAAUACAUUCGAGGGUGUGUUAAGUGUCAGCGGUAUGCGGCUCGGCCGUUAGAACAACAAAUGGGUAAUUUGCCAAAGGUUCGACUAGAAAUGUGUAAGCCGUUUACGAACACAGGGGUGGAUUAUGCGGGGCCUUUAACCAUACAAACAUAUAAAGGCCGUGGAGCAAAGCAUCAAAAAUGUUAUGUGGCUCUUUUCAUCUGCUUGUCAACGCGAGCAAUUCAUUUGGAACUCGUCUCGGAUCUAACAUCGGAUGCUGCGAUUGCGGCUUUAAAAAGGUUUUUGUCAAUGAGAGGAUCUGUUAAAAGAAUUUUGAGUGACAAUGGGUCAAAUUUUAUUGGCGCAUCUCGGGAACUUAAAGCCAUUUAUAAAUUAUUUAACUCCAAUGAAAAUAUCCACAAAUAUGUAGCUGAAGAGGAAAUUUCUUGUGAGUUUAUACCUCCACAUGCGCCUCAUUUCGGAGGUGGUCCAACAAUGACAUUACCUGAGCAGAAUCUGUGCGAUGCGAAGAUAAAUACACUUUCUCGUUGGCAGUACACACAACGUCUUCAACAAGAGUUUUGGCGAAGGUGGCAACGCGAAUACCUUCACCAACUACAACAAAGAACGAAAUGGACCUUGAAGAAACGUAACAUGGAGCUCAACGAUUUAGUCCUGGUUCUGGACAACAAUCUUCCACCAAGCAAAUGGCUAAUGGGUCGAGUCAUAAAUCUUUUUCCUGGUGCAGAUGGCCUUAUUCGAGUUGUUGAGAUACGAACAAAAUCUGGUGUAAUGAGACGUGACAUCACUAAACUUGCAUUACUUCUACCGAACGACGAUUAA